AUGGCGAAGUUCUGCUUCUUCGCUCUCAUUGCUCUCCUCUCCGUGCACCUCGCAUUGUCCGCAGAUCCGCCUCAAAUCUCGCCCUCCCCUGCUGCCAAGCUCGCCGUCGACUCCACUCCAACCAUCUUCCCUUCGAAGCCCACCUCUUCGCCGGCUCCCGCUCUUGCCAAUGCUGCUCACGACUCGAUCUCAUCCUCGCCGUCGCUGCCUCCCUCGGAUGCGGCUCCCGCCUCUUCCCCAUCCACAUCCCCCUCCCCUCCAUCUCAAUCUCCGUGUUAA